UGUUGCCAUCAAAAUUAAAAGCCUUUCCAUUUUCUACCCUUGCUUUUGUGAUUUUCUCUCCAUAAAGUUUUAACACUCUCCAGAAAAGCAAGUCCUUUUUAGUUGGAAAAAACCAUUAUUGUUGUUUAUUUUAUCAUUUAGUAGUAAUAUAUUAUCCGUGAUCAUAUUGUUUCUAAGCAAAACUGGAAAGGAGAAAUGUGCGCUGCUGUUGCUGAUGCAUCUUCUUCCUCUUCGCCUUUUGCGGGAUGUGAAUCGAAGGAAGAAGCAGCGAAAGAAGGACAGAAUCAUGAAACAACAACAACAACAAAAGCAAGAGGCAAUUAAAGAGUGCAUGCACAAGACUAAGCCAAUCCAGUUCUUAGGUCGUACUACGCCUAUUAUUCUCCAAAACGACAAUGGACCUUGUCCGCUUCUCGCCAUCUGUAAUGUUCUCCUUUUAAGGAACAAUUUGAACCUGAGUCCCGAUAUAGCCGAAGUUUCACAGGAGAAAUUGCUUUCACUGGUGGCAGAGCGCCUCAUUGAUACCAACAGCAAUGUUAAUAAUAAAGAUGCAGGAUAUGUCGAAAAUCAACAGCAGAAUAUUGCAGAUGCAAUUGAUUUACUUCCACACCUUGCUACCGGGAUUGAUGUAAACAUUAAAUUUAGGAGAAUAGAUGAUUUUGAGUUCACUCCUGAAUGUGCCAUAUUUGAUCUGCUUGAUAUUCCUCUCUAUCAUGGUUGGAUAGUUGAUUCCCAGGACUAUGAAACUGCUAGUGCCAUUGGGUCAAAAUCCUACAAUGCAAUUAUGGAGGAGCUUGUUGCAUUGGAAACACGAAAUUUGGAGGUUUCAUGUAAAAGUAAUUCUGAAGAUUGCGUGGAUUUUGCUGCUGCAACAACUGCCACUUUAGGAGUUCCCUCUCCUAGCCUGUCAAAAACCAAAUCUUUUGAUGAUUCUCCUCAUUCUGUGACUGGUCAGCUAAUAUUAGGAAAAGGGGAUCUGGAGGAGGAAGCAGAGCUAUCGAGAGUCUUGAAAUUAUCAGAGGCCGAAUUACCAACCUUGUUUGAUGAUCCUGGCAAUUUGGAUGAAAGAUCAUGUUCAAAGAACCUUGUUUUUGUUGAUACUGUUGAUACACAAGAGAGGGAUAAAGGUGUUGAACAUCAGAACUUGCAAUGGCACAAACCAUCCUUUUCAGAUAAUAGCACUUCUUUGAGCAAUGAUAGUGGUAGUCAGACAUUUUUUGAGACCCUCACAAGGGAAGAGUCCCGAAGGACUGAUGGGAUUAAUCAGGAUCAUUUAUCUUAUGUUAAAUCUGUAGAGAUUACCCUUUCUAAUAAUGUGGUUGAGAAGAGUAAUAUUGAGGCAAUGGUUGUUAAGACGAGUGGGGCCGAACAUUUGCUCCAGAUUGAAGGUGCAGUUCCCGUUUCUCUGGCAAAGUAUACUGCUUCUAUAGAUGGAAUCAACACUGAAAAUUCACAAGGGAGUGAAAAGAUUCAAUUUGCUUCCGCAACUGAUGCUUAUGACACUCCAGAUAAUGUGAAUGGGUGUGACACGACAGAGGUAUCAUCUGUGUCUUUACAAAAUGCCGGUUCAGAUUCAUCUAGUGACAGAAUACAUCAUGCAGAUGUGCCUGAUGCGUUUACUUCUAGUCUUGAUGGAAGUGAACCUAUAUAUGAAGGUGAAGAAUGCAUAUUAGAUUCAGCAACAACAACAUAUGAAGAUCAGGAGCCUAUAUAUGAAGGUGAGGUAAUUCUUGCAAAACAAGCUGACAAAAGAGUUUUAGAGGACUGCAAUGUGAGGUCUACAGAUGAAAUCACUCCACGACAAGGCGAACUGAUUGGAAACUUCUUGAAGAACAGUGCCAGUCAAUUGACCUUUUAUGGGCUUUUUUGCUUACAAGAUGGUCUUAAAGAACGUGAGCUUUGUGUUUUUUUUCGUAAUAAUCAUUUCAGCACCAUGUUUAAGUAUGACGGUGAACUCUAUCUUUUAGCUACUGAUCAAGGCUAUCUAAAUCAGCCUGAUUUGGUUUGGGAGAAACUAAAUGAGGUUAAUGGAGACACACUGUUUAUGACUUGCAACUUCAAGGAAUUCAAGGUGGAUAGUCAUGCCACUGGUACUUGGGAUGAACAAAAUGCUGUGGCAAGUACUGCUGACUACAUUGCCAGUGUAGACAGUGCAGCACAAGCAGGAUUGGACAUAACCUCGGAUUUACAGCUUGCAAUAGCUCUACAGCAACAAGAGUUUGAACAACAGCCACAGCGUCAGAAUGUGCAGCAACCAACUUUUGUUGGUGGUUCAAGAUUAGUAACAGGUCCCCAGGCGCCGAGCAGCAGUGGAAGGAACUCUUCAUCUUCAUCGUCAAAGCAAGAUGCAAAAUCAAAAGAAAAGUGUAUUGUGAUGUGAGUUUCGCAUUAAUUGGGUAGUCCUUGUACUGUAAGUGCCUUGUGUCUUGGUCCAAUUUUAUUUCAACACUAAUAAAAACCCUGAUUAAACCAUAUAAUAUGUCAUGUUAGAUGAAGUUUUUGACUA